AUGGCCAUCAUCGCAGUCGCUGGCGGAACGGGCAUGCUCGGCCGGGCAAUUGUGGAAGCUCUGAAGAAUACCACAGGCCACGGUGUCGCAGUUCUCACGAGAAAGGCAAACGAUGAUCUGGCAAAAGAACUCGGUGUCCCGCUCCUUGUGGUGGAUUAUUCCAAUGUUGACUCCCUGACCCAACUGCUCGAAAACAAUCAGAUUGACACCGUCAUCUCUGCAAUGUCGCUCACCAAUGAUGAAACGAGCAAUUCGCAGCUGAAUCUCAUAGAAGCGGCAGACCGGUCGUCGAGCACUAAACGACUCAUUCCCAGCGAAUAUGGCAUUUGCUACAACGAAGAGCAUGCAGCCCUUUUCCCGACUGUGAAGGGCAAGUUGGCUGCAGCGCAGAAGUUGCGAUCCACCAGCCUGGAGUACACGUUAGUCUCCAAUGGCUUCUUCUUGGACUAUUAUGGACUGCCCAAGGUAACGAGCUACCUCCAACCAUUUGUGUUCGCCGUCGACAUGGCAAAUAAUGCAGCUACUAUUCCCGGCUCGGGCGAUACUCCCGUGGUGUUCACCCAUACGUUCGACGUGGCCAAUUUUGUGGCUGCUCUUGUUGGUCACGCAGACUGGCCAGAGCGAAGCAUCAUUAUCGGCGACAAAAAGACGUGGAAUGAUUUCGUUGCUAUUGCGGAAGAGAUUAAAGGCGUCAAGUUCAACAUCACUUACGACAACGAAGAGAUGUUAAAGAACUCCCAGGUUACGGAGCUUCCAUCGCAUCCGUCCAUCUAUCCAUUCCUGCCCAAGGAGAUGCUCCAACACAUCCUUGCUGUGUUUGGUUUCUGGACAGCUGUAGGCGAUUUCAAUCUGCCUGAGGAAGACACGCUUAACAGCCGCUUCCCAAAUAUGAAGGCGCGCACGGUCCGAGAGGUUCUGGAGCAGGGGUGGAAGCCUUGA